AUUAGAAAUCUGAACUGGCAAAAAUCCUAAACCCCUUUAGGGAAAACCGAUUCUUGACUAGGGUGCCUUGUUGUCUAAUUUCUGAGCCUGCUGACCAGCUGUUUUUGAACUUCAUUUCUCAGCCUCAACAGUGAUUCUGAGUCUGCUUUAAGCUUCCUGCGCCUUGGCUUUUUCUGUUCUUCCCGAACAGCUGCUUGGCCCAUAGUUUAGAGAAAGCAAUCUUUUUCACUCCCAAGAGAGACUCCUCCCGGUGCUUACAGAAAUGGGGAGUGGGGAGCCUAAUCCUGCUGGCAGGAAAAAGAAGUACCUCAAGGCUGCGCUGUAUGUGGGUGACUUGGACCCAGAUGUCACCGAGGACAUGCUCUAUAAGAAGUUCAGGCCUGCUGGUCCUUUGCGCUUCACACGAAUCUGCCGUGACCCAGUGACCCACAGUCCCUUGGGCUAUGGUUAUGUUAACUUCCGCUUUACUGCAGAUGCUGAGUGGGCACUCAACACCAUGAAUUUUGAUUUAAUUAAUGGCAAACCAUUCCGCCUCAUGUGGUCUCAGCCAGAUGAUCGCUUAAGAAAGUCUGGAGUUGGAAACAUCUUCAUCAAAAACCUGGACAAAUCCAUAGACAAUAGGGCCCUUUUUUACUUGUUUUCAGUUUUUGGGAACAUUCUCUCCUGCAAAGUAGUAUGUGAUGAUAACGGCUCUAAAGGCUAUGCCUAUGUGCACUUCGACAGCCUGGCCGCUGCCAACAGGGCGAUCUGGCACAUGAAUGGAGUGAGGCUCAACAACCGUCAGGUGUAUGUAGGCCGAUUCAAAUUCCCAGAAGAGCGGGCUGCUGAAGUCAGAACCCGGGAUAGAGCAACGUUCACCAACGUGUUCGUUAAAAACUUUGGGGACGACAUGGAUGAUGAAAAACUGAAGGAACUUUUCAGUGACUAUGGGCCGACUGAGAGUGUGAAAGUGAUAAAAGAUGUCAGUGGGAAAUCCAAAGGCUUUGGGUUUGUGAGAUAUGAGACGCACGAGGCUGCCCAAAAGGCUGUGCUAGACCUGCAUGGCAAGUCCAUCGAUGGGAGAGUGCUAUAUGUAGGCCGAGCACAGAAAAAAAUUGAACGCCUGGCUGAAUUAAGGCGGAGAUUUGAACGACUGAGAUUAAAGGAAAAAAGUCGACCUCCAGGAGUGCCUAUCUACAUUAAGAACCUAGAUGAGACCGUUAAUGAUGAAACACUGAAGAAAGAAUUUUCUUCCUUUGGAUCAAUUAGCCGUGCCAAGGAACAGAACAGGGGCCUCUGCCCUACCAAGAAUGAGCAAAGGACCCUGUGAAACAAGUUAUGGAAAAAGGACUUUGUGGAAAGUGGCUUGGAAAACACCUUAACCUUGAUGCCAGGCCCUAGUGAAAAUCCUGAUGCCAGACUGUGCUCACAGAAAAUCCUGAAACAUUCUGAGAAAUUCUGAUGCAGGACUGUACUUGGAGAUAAUUCUGCGACAUGCUGACCCAGAGCAGCAGCUCAGAUAAAACUGAAAGAAAUAAUUCAUGAGAGCCAAGAACAGACUGAUUAAGUAAUUAGAAAGUUGCUUGACCCUCUGCAGAGUGGCAACCCUCUCACAAUUUGAAGUGCCAUAUAAGAACUAGACGCGUCCCCCUAGACAACUUCCCCUCUCACCUCGAGAGGGGCACCCAGUUGACUCCCCGAGUGAAAUGUAUCUUAUCUAUGCUUUAGGGGCCCUUCUCACUUCCAGAGAGGGUCCUGCUUCAUUCCUUUUGAAGUGAUUCUAUGCUUUAAUAAAACUGUGGCUAACCUCUUUGCUGCUGUGUGCAUGUGCAUGAGCGUGGCUUAUCUCUGGACACUAACAAACCAAACAGGUUUGGAGCUUGCUGGGUCCCCUGUGGGUAACAACCUGGUAGCCAAACUUCACACUUUCCUUACUGACAUGUAAAACUUCUUUAUAUACACUGGAUCCUAGUCCUUUGUUGAUAAUCUGUUUUUAAAUGUUUUUCUUAAUCUGUUGCUAUGUUAAAACUUCACAUACAAAAACAUUGUUGUGAAUAAAUGAGAGUUGAGAGAGCAGAUCAUAGUUUUACAUUCAACAAUUCAUACACAUUCUUAUUCACCUCCUCCAUUCCAUUCCUCUCAAUGUACCAUCCCUUAUCCUACUUCCUGUGCCUCGUGUUUUAAUUCCUCUUUAUUUCCUAACCCUCUGAACUUUGUCCCUUGGUAAAUGCUACCCUUUUAGUCUUAAGUGAUUAAUUAUUCUAAUGUGGAGGUGAAUUCAAUUCCAGAUCUUAAGGGUAAGGAAUCCCAUAUGUCUCCAGCCAACCAGUAAGCCUGGUCUGUUUUACGAUUUUCAGUUCUGUUUCAUGUUUUCUGGAUAUACUAUCCAGGAUGUACUAAUUUGAUCCCUAGUGGUAAUUGGCCACAAUCUAGUACUUCUUGGGUCAGGGUAGUGUAUAUCAAUGUUUGCACGGUACAUUGGAUUAAUUCCUUGUAUCUUUUUAUUUUCAAUCACUUCUUUCUUCUGGACUGCUAGAUACCAAUAGUUUCAACUUAGAUGGCUGCUUAAAAGCUUUUGAGACCCCAGUCACCACUCAGCAAAGAAGGAUUUAGAACAUAGAUUUUGCAAGCUAUGUUAUCUUAAUUGACAUUGGUGUUCCCCAAGACUAUGGUUCAGAUCACCCCGGCUUCACUCAAGCUGUUUGUUUAUGUCUAAGAAGUGCUCAUAAUUUUGUCACCUGUAUGCUCCACCACACUCAUGAUAAAUUGCAGUAAAAGUAAAUAGGUAUAUACAAAUAUCUUCCAUCAGAUAUACAUGUAUCUGUGGGUAAAUGCCCAUUCUUUCACUCUCAGCUAUUAUCUAUUCUUAGAUCCUUACUGUUGCAAGAUUGUGUAUAUAAUCAGAUUUGCCUCUGUUGCCUUUAACUCUUCCAAACCUUAGAGUGUCUUUCUGUUCCUCAGUAUUUUUGGCCAAGUUCCCUCUUACUAUAUAUUGCCUUCCCCUUCAUGCAAGUUAACACUUGUCUGCCCAUUAGCCUGCAAUUUCAUUUCCUCCCUUUCCCCUCCUUUUUUCUGUAAAAACCUAUUCUUGACUUCUUAUAAUAGUGGUGUCAUAUAAUAUUAGUUCUUUUGUGCUUGACUAAUUUCACUCAGACUAAUUCAUGUUGUAAGGUGUUUCACAGAUUUAUCAUUACUCUUUAAUGUUGCAUGGUAUUCCGUUGUGUUUUAAGGUAAAAACUCAGUGUCAUCCAGUAGAUUCCAACUCAUAGAGACUCUAUGAGACAGGGUAGCACUGCCAUUUUAGAUCUCUAAGACGUUAAAUCUCUACAGGAGUAGACAACCUCUUCUUUAUCCGAUGGAGC